AUGGCCGUGUACCGCGUGUGUGUGACCACCGGCCCCUACCUGAUGGCGGGCACCCUGGACAACAUCUCUGUCACACUGGUGGGCGCCUGCGGGGAGAGCCCCAAACAGCGGCUGGACAGCCUGGGCAGAGACUUCGCCGCGGGAUCCGUGCAGAAGUACAAGGUGCGCUGCCCAGCCGAGCUGGGGGAGCUCUUGCUGCUCCGUCUACACAAGGAACGCUAUGCUUUCUUCCCCAAGGACUCUUGGUAUUGCAGCUUUAUUUGUGUCACUGCUCCAGAUGGCACUUGCACCCAGUUCCCCUGCUAUCAGUGGAUUGAGGGCUACUGCACCCUAGAGCUGCGACCAGGAACAGCCAAAACUAUUUGUCAGGACUCCCUGCCCCUCCUUCUGGAUCACAGGCGGCGGGAGCUCCAGGGCCGGCAAGAGUGCUUCCGCUGGAAGGUCUAUGCCCCCGGCUUUCCUGGCAUCAUAGAUGUCAGCAACUUUGAGGAGAUGGAGACAGACAAGAAAUUUGCCCUGACCAAGAUGGCACCUUGUGCGGCCCAAGCGGACAGCAGCGGGAACCAGUACCUGCCUGGCUUCCCCAUGAAAAUUGACUUCCCGUCGCUGCUGCACAUGGACCCCAAUAUUCGCUACUCGGCCACCAAGACGGUCUCCCUGCUCUUCAACGCCAUCCCUGCGUCCUUGGGCAUGAAGCUCCGGGGGCUGCUGGACCGCAAGGGCUCCUGGAAGAAGCUGGAUGACAUCCGGAAUAUCUUCUGGUGUCACAAGACCUUCACGUCAGAGUAUGUCACAGAGCACUGGUGUGAGGACCAGUUCUUCGGGUACCAGUACCUGAAUGGUGUCAAUCCUGUCAUGCUCCAUUGCGUCUCCAGCCUGCCCAGCAAGCUGCCUGUAACCAAUGACAUGGUGGCCCCCUCGCUGGGUCCAGACACCUGCCUGCAGACGGAACUAGAGAGGGGGAACGUCUUCCUAGCGGACUACUGGAUCCUGGAGGAGGCCCCCGUCCACUGCCUCAACGGCCGCCAGCAGUACGUGGCCGCCCCGCUCUGCCUGCUGUGGCUCAACCCGCAGGGGGCGCUGGUGCCCUUGGCUAUCCAGCUCAGCCAGAAACCCGGGCCCGACAGCCCCAUCUUUCUGCCCACUGAUUCCUACUGGGAUUGGCUGCUGGCCAAGACGUGGGUGCGCAACUCGGAAUUCCUGGUGCACGAGCACAACACGCACUUUCUGUGCACGCAUUUGCUGUGCGAGGCCUUCUCCAUGGCCACACUGCGUCAGCUGCCGCUCUGCCAUCCUAUCUACAAGCUCCUGCUUCCCCACACUCGCUACACGCUGCAGGUGAACACCAUCGCUCGGGCCACGCUGCUCAACCCCGACGGCCUUGUGGACCAGGUCACGUCCGGCGGGAGGCAGGCCCUCCUCUACCUCAUAAGCACAGGUCUGGCCCACUUCACCUACACCGAUUUCUGCCUUCCGGACAGCCUGCGGGCCCGCGGCGUCCUGACAAUCCCCAACUACCACUACCGAGACGACGGCCUGAAGAUCUGGGCGGCCAUUCAGAGCUUUGUCUCAGAAAUCGUGGGCUACUAUUAUCCUAGUGACCUAUCUGUGCAACAGGACUCGGAGCUGCAGGCCUGGGUCGGCGAGAUUUUUGCUCAGGGCUUCCUGGGCCGGGAGAGCUCAGGCUUCCCACGCAGGCUGUGCACUCCAGGAGAGCUGGUGAAGUUCCUCACUGCCAUCAUCUUCAACUGCUCCGCCCAGCAUGCCGCGGUCAACAGCGGGCAGCAUGACUUUGGGGCCUGGAUGCCCAAUACCCCGUCGUCCAUGAGGCAGCCCCCACCCCAGACCAAGGGGACCGCCACCCUGAAGAGUUACCUAGACACCCUUCCAGAAGUGAACGUCACCUGUAACAACCUUCUCCUCUUCUGGUUGGUCAGCCAGGAGCCCAAGGACCAGCGGCCCCUGGGCACCUACCCGGAUCAGCACUUCACUGAGGAGGCCCCCCGGCGGAGCAUCGCCGCCUUCCAGAGCCGCCUGGCCCAGAUCUCGCGGGAGGUCCGCGAGCGGAACCAGGGCCUGGCGCUGCCGUACCCUUACCUGGACCCCCCCGUCGUGGAGAACAGCGUCUCCAUUUAA